CUCACCACUUCCUCACCUUCUGCUGCACUUCUCUUUUUUUUUCUUUUUCCCGCCAAAAAGGCUCUAUCCUUGUACUCCCACGAUUCUUCAACUGCUCUCUCUUCCCUUGACCGACAAACUCCUUCUUCCCCUGCGUACCAUGUGUGCACAGCGCUCUGCUUCUUCCGCACACCCGUCUAGCCUUACUGUGUGAAUGACCAAUCCUUAUUCGCUGCACUCGACUAUCCAAGCUCAAUUCAAAAAGGCCAUGAAGCUGUUCAGGCUCGAUUUUGGGAUCAGGGAUCGCUACCGACGCGGUCUGACCCAGGGCACUCGAGCGAAUCGGUCUCCUCAGUCCCAGGAGUCGGCACUGUUCGAUGACUACGAUCCGCACCACCAAGCGCCCUCACCUUCGUCGCCCUCAGUCCUCUUCUCUGCCACAAUCCCACCCCGCGAAUCCCACGGAGGGCCACUAGACCAAUGGUCCCAACUCGACCACUCCUCUCUCGCAACCUCCCACGCUGCCCCGCAUUCCCAUCACACUCGUGGAGGUCGACACCUCGGCCAAGAAUAUGACAACGGCGACGAGUACGAAUACGAAGAUGACAGCUCCAGUGAGGGAUACAUAUCUUCAUCCUCUUCAAUAUGUCCUUCACAGUCGUCUGAGGACGAUGAUGAUGUAGAAGACAGCGACGAGGAUGACGCCGGUGCGGGUGAUUCUGCCGCUGGGGCAGAGGUUAAGCUGGACGAGCACCAUCAGGAGGACUCCCGAGAAAACGAUUCGUUGAGUUUCAGCCACCUUAACAGGAAACAUUCUCACCCUCACCAUAAACAACAGCAGCAACAACAGAGUUUUGAUUAUUAUGCUAGCAGUCGGCGUCGCAGCACGGGGCUGUUGCCGCGCGCACCCAUCCCGGCGAUUGUACCGAUGUCGAACAGAGAAGCCUUGGAGCAGGAGGCCAGGCAGAGACGGCUGGAGAGGCAUAUCGAUAAGCGACGACAGUCUCUCAAUGGAACCCAGCCUCUACCUGCUCCAAAGAGGAAGAGGCGAAAAAAGGGUAAGGACCUGCGGAAGCAGGUGCUGCUCAAGAACGCACAGUACCUGCACGAGUGACUGGAUGGCAGCGAAGAAUCCAGUUCAUCCACUGGCGAAGAAGCCAACUCCUCUUCUGGCACCGAGGGUGUAGUCGUGGACUCGAAUGACGAGGGGAAUGACGGGGAUGUGGAUACCGAAGAGGACCCAGAAGAGGAA